UUGGAUCACAAAAAACUUCAAAUCCAUAUCACGGUCUAGGCGGGUUUGAACCAUCCCAGGCAGAAAGGUUCCUUCCUAGACCUGUCAGGAUUUGUGAGCUGCAAUGGCAUUGGCCUGGUUGAAGCUGGUGUUUUUCUUCUCUCUGGCUCCCUGCCUUUUUGCCAACAUUGCCGAGUUCGAUGAGGUGUGGAGGCGCCGUGCUGAGGAAGCCAUGGAAGUAACCCGGCAAGCUUACCAUCCGAAUCCUCUAUCGGUCAUGAAUGACUUCAACUGGUUCUUUCACAAUUACUCAAAGGAAGAGCCUAGCUCAAGGCGAGGUUUGUCUGUGCGAGGGAGGUCGCAUAGAAGAGCCGGCGGUCCCUGCAAGGCGACCAACCCCAUUGACAGGUGCUGGAGAUGCAGAGAAGAUUGGGCUGAAAAUCGGCAAGAAUUGGCCAAAUGUGUGAAAGGUUUUGGCUACAAAACAACAGGAGGAGCAGGAGGGCCAAUUUAUGUGGUCACUGAUUGCUCGGAUGACAGUAUUAAGGAUCCAAAACCAGGGACUUUGAGGCAUGCUGUGGUUCAGAAUGGGCCCUUGUGGAUCAUCUUUGCCAAUGAUAUGCACAUCAGGUUGACUCAGGAAUUGAUCAUCACAAGCAACAAGACCAUUGAUGCAAGAGGAGCUGAUGUGCACAUUGCUUAUGGAGCUGGAAUCACCAUACAAUAUGUUCAGAAUGUGAUCAUCCAUGGACUUCACAUUCAUCACAUUGUUCCAGGGACCGGCGGCCUUGUCAGAGACUCUGUGGAUCAUAUUGGUCUGAGAACUGCAAGUGAUGGAGAUGGGAUUUCCAUCUUUGGUUCUUCUAAUAUCUGGCUGGAUCAUCUUUCCAUGUCUCAAUGCCAAGAUGGACUCAUUGAUGCCAUCAUGGGGUCCACUGCUAUCACCAUCUCUAAUUGCCAUUUCACCAAGCACAAUGAUGUGAUAUUGUUGGGAGCAAGUGAUUCUUACUUACCUGAUAAAAUGAUGCAAGUGACAAUUGCCUUCAACCAUUUCGGACAAGGACUGAUUCAGAGGAUGCCAAGGUGCAGAUUGGGAUUCUUCCAUGUGGUUAACAAUGACUACACCCAUUGGCAAAUGUAUGCAAUUGGUGGCAGCGAAAAUCCCACCAUUAUCAGCCAGGGAAAUAGGUUCAUAGCCCCAAACAACGGCCAUGCCAAAUCAGUGGCAAAUAGGAACUAUGCACCAGAAAGUGUAUGGAAGAACUGGCUAUGGAAAUCAGAGGAUGACUUGUUCAUGAAUGGAGCAUAUUUCAACACAUCUGGGGACCCAAAUGCCGUACUGAAUUUUCCCAAAAUAGAGCUGAUCAAGCCCAAGCCAGGGACAAGAGCCAGCAGGCUCACUAGAUAUGCCGGGGCACUUUAUUGCAAGAUUGGACAGAAAUGUUAGAUGUAUUAAUUAAGAAUAUGAAUUAAUAUGGGCUAAAAUUGAUAUAGAUUUGAAGUUCAAUUUGUGGUUUAGUUUUCAUUGUUGAAGGUCGAUUCUUUUAUUCAUUUGAAUCAACCAGGAACACGUUUGGAUAUCUUCUUGCAGUGUUUCAAGCUUCAAUCAAUGAAAUGAGAGUUUAUUUUUGUUUUA